CAUCUUUAUAGCAAGCUAAAGAUUUGUUAAGCCACUCAGAAAACACAGAAACACAAAAAAAUAAGAACAAUUUUCCGCAAUGGCUCCGAAAGCUCAAGACACAGGCUUGGCCGAGAUGGACUUGAUAUUUCUGGACGCAAUUCUGCCGAGGUGCUUCAAGGACAUUACCACCCACAAAGCGUUCUUCAAGGACUACUCGGUCGACAAGCCGAAGCGAACCAUUACCGCCUUUCGGCACCAAACGGAUCCUGCUCUGAUUUCGGGACACUAUGCCAACAACCUGAAGGUGCGGGGCCAGGAGUUGAAGACCAGGACAUGGCCGAGGUCCAUGGACUGGCGCGAGGAGUACGCGCAGUUCGUCAAGAAGAACAAGUGGUGCAACGAGGAGAUCUACAAGCUGUUCUUCGUGAAUCCACCGAUUGACUACUUCCUUAUCAGGGAAUACCUCAGGGAUCUGCUCAACACCACUUACAUAUCGGACUACUCCCCCAACAGCUACACGUCGCUGAGAAGCCAGCGAAGACACGAUGUCGCCCCCAACUUCGACAACUUCAACAACAUUGACUACCAGACGACCUACGGCAACUACCACAAUCGCAUUCAGGAGGAGAAUCCGUUCAAGUCGAACCUCUUUUCGGAACGAGAGCUAAAACCCAAGGAAAUGAAAAUCGGGCAGUUCACCAAGGAGAUGCGCAAGCUGUUCACCAAGUACAAUCUCACAACCUACUACGAGACGAUCUGCCUCCCAGCCUUGAUAAAGGCCAAGGAUGGGAUAAUGCCAUCGGGACCGAUCGAUCGCUACACCCUUCGCAAGCAUUAAAUUUAACUUGAAUUUCACAAUUUUUAAAACGUUUUUAGGCCAUAUUACACUAAUGAUACACUAAUUUUAAAUAAAAGAAAGCAACUUAAAAGUA